AUGUCACUUGACGUCGUGAUCUUCGCAUUUCUACUGGUUGUUGGCGUCUCUCGCACAGAGGUGAUAGAGCUGCAAACGAGUGAAGAACUGCCCGGUGGGUCUGUGAUCGCAGAUCUACGGGCCCUCAUUUCUAAGAGUGGCAAAUUCCCGGAAUUACAAAUGCCCGUUUUCAAGGCUGUAGGGUCUGACGACAUCGGAAACCGCCUCGUUGAUGUCACCUCAGAAGGCAAACUUGUGGUGAUUCACCGGAUCGACAGGGAGAAGCUCUGUCCCCUCUAUCCCCUCUCUAUUUUCCCUGGACCUCAAUCGGAUUUUGGGGGCCCCCCACCAGGCACCUUUGGUUUCUCAUCGCAACCGAUUCUUACCACAAGUCUUGCCAGUAACGGUCAAUGUGUCAUCACUCUCCGGGUAGCUGUCACGGAGAAGGGCGAAGUGAGCGACCCACUUGACCUAUCCAACAUCUACCAGCUUCGUAUAACCGUGCUCGAUGUCAACGACCAGGCUCCCUUUUGGCCGGAAAACUUGCAACGCCAUGUCAUUGAGUUUCGUGAUGGUGAUCCAGUGGGAAAACGGCAAUCUCUUCCUCUUGCUAUCGAUCUAGAUCAAGGAGAGAAUGCAAGAAUCUCUUAUAGAAUUGAACAAGACCUCGUUGAUGAGCCUUCGCCUGAGGGAUGGGAUUCUAUACCAUUUAAACUGAUCCACGAUCAGUCUGACGGAAGUCUCUACCUUCAGACAGAGAGAGAAAUCGAUCAUGAGGUGACCAGCUCAUAUAAACUCGUUCUGAAAGCCACUGAUGGAGUGGAUAAAAGCGUACCUGACUCUAUUGUCGCAGAACGCUUCCUCCGUCAGCAUACUUCUACUCUUGCUUUGACAGUUGUGGUGCAGGACAUCAAUGACAACGACCCAAAAUUUACUCAACCUGUGUUUACACCUGAUCGUCCAGUCUCAGAAGCAACACCAGUGGGCUCUGUUGUGCUCCGAUUAAAAGCCACCGACGCAGAUUCUGGUGAGAACGGGGCCUUCCACUUUGGAUUUGCACCGAAUGUUGGCUGGAGGUCCAUCGAUAAGUUAGCUCAGCAUCUCUUCGAUGUGCGACCGAACGGAAAUGUGGUCGUCCGACGUCCCCUGAACGUUGAUAGACGGUGGAAACUCGUGGAUGAUUUGAAGAAAAGCUCCAACUCCGAUUUGUUUGGCAGAGACACCGUGAAAGGAAUGGAAUUCAGUUUCAAGGUGGUCGUUGUAGAUGAGGCCGACUCGAGGUACGCUCGAUCCUCUGAGGCCACGGUUAAUAUAGUUGUGAUGGAUGAGAACGAUGAGGCACCGGUCAUCGGAGUUAUGCGACCUACCACUUCCGGUGAAUGCGUGAAGUCUUUGGGAAAACCGACGGGAAUUACUUCUAGUCGAUUGUCAACUCAAACAUCCUACGCGUGUGUCUUUGAAAAUGCACCGGUCGACACUUUCGUUGCCACUAUUCAGGUGAGUGACAUGGACUUUUGUGGAGAGGAUGAACACGAAUGUGUGUUGGACAAUAAGAACUUUACCCUGGUUGCUGAAGAGCACGCCAACACACGCCUAUCUGCCAAUCAACUUACCCAUGUUUUCAAUAGCCAAGCUCUUAAGGGUCCUGGUGUCUCCCAGUAUGCAAUCCUAACGGCUGUUGCACUAGAUCGAGAGGCUACACCAUUUCAACAAAUCCAGAUCCUUUGUACCGAUCGUGCAAACCAUCAAUCCGUGCACAAUGUCACUGUCCUCAUAGGCGAUAUCAAUGAUCACAAGCCACAGUUCGCACAAGAAGUGAUGACCUAUCAGGUGCCAGAGAAUUCACCGCCUGGAACAAUCCUGAAACCGUUGUCUGUCGGUCCUACGAGAAAUUCGGUGUCACUAGCAACUGACGGAGACGUCGGAAAGAAUGGAAUGGUAAAAUACAGCUUUAUUGAGGGAUCAAGAACUUCAGAAAACUUUUCCAUUGACCCCUUCACUGCUGCCAUUUCUACUCGCAUUCCGUUUGAUCGAGAAGAAAAUGGAAAGUAUGUUUUUAAUAUCUUAGCAGUGGACCAAGCCGAUGGUGAAAAUACACUGACAGGAACUGGAACUGUGGAGGUCAUGGUGCUUGAUGUGAAUGAUAAUCCACCCGUUUUUGCCCAGGAGACUUACACUUUCCAAAUAGCGGAGAAUCUUCCCCGUGGAACUCGUGUCGGUCAGGUGACUGCAUUCGAUCUUGACGACCAGGGUCCGGUCUCUUACUACCUUAGCAGUGAUCACGACGCUCUAGUCUUCCAGAUAGAUCGAACAUCGGGAGAACUGUUUACUAGAAGACCUCUUGAUCGUGAAGACCAAUCGAACUACACAUUCAACGUGCUUGUUCGUGACUUUGCUGCUUCGGGAGGCGGUGUGGAGAAGAAGACCUAUACAGCUACCGCCACGGUUACGGUUGUUUUAGAGGACGAAAAUGACAAUUCCCCGGUUUUCAUCCUUCCUAAUGCCACAGCAAACACUCUAACCGUAGCAGUCAGCCAAACCCUUGGGCAUAAACUCGCUGUCAUAAUCGCCAGCGAUGCAGAUGAGGGUGAUAAUGGUCGCAUAACCUACAAAAUAAAAGCAGGGAAUUCCCUCAAUCUCUUCAGCAUCGAUCCUCAGUCCGGUCUCCUCUUUUUGGCCGAUUCGUUGUCUCGCUUCAAUGAAGCUACCAACACUUCAUCUGCUGACGAGGCCGCAACAGCUAGAGCAAUACAACUCUCCACACAACCAACAGUCCAUGUAAUUACGCUAGAAGCCUGUGACAGCGGCGUGGAGCCUCGUUGUACCGUUUCACCAAAUCUGCGGAUCCACGUACAACCGGAGCGAAGGUACAGACUAGGAGGCGAGAGUGGUGGAGGUGUCGGUGCCGCAGCUGGCGGAGGAGAACAGAAUCAUUUCAGUGACGGUUCGCAAAGUCAUAGUGUGACAUUACAGCCCCAGGAGGGAGAUGGAGUAGCAGGGGAUGAGGGACAAGCAGGAUGGAAUGGCAUGAAGAUCUCAUCAACGCGUGUUACCGCUAGUGGACUGCGGGGGUGGUCGAGUGGUUCCAAUGAAAUCAUCAUCAUCUGCAUGUCGGUUCUUUUUGUGAUCCUCCUGGUGGCUAUUCUCGCUUUGACCAUCCUUUUGCGUAACUGCAAGAUAGGACCAGUCAAACAAAUGACUGUGUCGGCUACACAACGAAGUUUGAGUCGUUCCAAAACGCCGACUUAUCUUGGCACCAUUCCAUCAUCGCAAUCUGGUGUCGAAGCUGCAGGAUCUGUAGUUGGGACACUAAAUUCUCCACCACCAUCACAACCACUGCCACAACUUGCAGUAAGUGGGGGUGGCGGGGGAUCAGGAGUAGGUGUAAUCCAAAGCCAGUCCGAAAUGAUCCUCUGUCAACGGGCUGGGGGGAAUAUACUUCCACAGAGUCAAUCCUUCUUCGAGAUGCCCAAAUCGAUGACUCAGGAGUUUGCUACCUUUGCGCCGGCUAGUCUCGAAGGCUACCAAGGUGGAUGCAAAAAACAGGCCAGUGCUGCAAGAAGUGCGGAUCUUCUACUUCCCGUCAAGUAUGCUCACAUACCAAAUAACAAGGAGAUCACUCCUCAAGGCCAGGCUAUCGACAAGAUUUUCGUCAGUCACCCUUAUGCGGUACCUAGAAACGAUGCCGUCUGCUGUGGGGAAUACCAGGCAUUGCAAGCCACAGGUCUCUACGCGCUGGAGAAACACCUUGAGGGUCAGCAACGCCAAGUCCUCGGGCAGAAUGGUCAACCACCCCAGCUGAAAGGCUUCGGGCCGAGUACCUCCUGUGUGCCGCGGUUUCUCGCCUCCGGAGGACGUACAGGAACGCAGAGCGAUGACAGCUUUCCAAUGCAACGCGUUGUUGAUGGCCAUUCACAAGUCGCCUACACCUAUGGCCGUUACGUAGGGCUGAAACCCAACCAAACAUUUGCAACAAAUACCAUUGAUCCUCGUCUCUUCGACCAGCAACAACAGCAACAACCUAACCAACAGACAGCGCAGCGACUGUACGUCCGCAAUUUCCCGCGCUCCAAGUCGGCUCACACCGUGGCAGCACCGGUGGUAACGGGUAGCAAAUCGGCAGAGGGCAGUGGUGAGAGUUCUGAGGGUGGAGUUUCCAAGUCGGCUGAGGAGUGCGGUGGGGAGAGUAUGAUGCUUCUGUUGCCGGAAGCAGAGGGUCGUUCGGAGAUGAGUGAACCCCUAUCCACCACCGAAGAGCGCGUUGAGUGCUUCCCACCCUCGGAGGGUCAACAACAGAUGAGUAGUGCGAGUAGCAGUAAAUUAGUCGCUUUGGCGUUUCGGGAAGCCAGUUUUGUUUAA